UGUCAGUCGCUGAACGGAAAGAGGUGUCCACAGGCACAUGCCCGAGAGACGCGAGCGCCAUCGCAACACGCAGCGGCGGUACCGCGAGAAGAAGCAGCGAUCUCAGCAAGAGCUCAUUACUGCUGUCGCGCACUUGACCGACGACAACCGGCGGCUCGAGGCACUGCGGGCACGGCUCCUCCCUGCCCAAGUCAGGUCCUACGACGCCGCGAUGAGCACGGCGCGCGAGUUCAUUCGCGUCUUUGAGGUUGGCGUGCGGCCGCCGCCGACCCGCUCGGACCAGUUUGCAUUUUUCCACAGCGUCACCGCACCCGACUUUGCCUUUAUGGACGACGCAGACGGCGCGGCCGUCUUCUUUCGGCAGUGGGCAGUCUACGAGCAAACGUUCGCGUCGAGUCGCGUCGUCGCCUUGCACGCCGGCGUCAUUCGCCUCGAGACGGACGAGGACGUAAUCGUGCGCGCGCCAACCACGAUGCACCUGCGCCUCUCGCGGGUCUCGAUGACAACGAUUUACCCGAGCCUAAGCGACGAAGAUGCGACUGUCGAGAGACUCGUCGGCCGCGACUUGGUCGUGCCCAUGCUGUGCGUCUUUUACGUGGAGAAGGCCACGUCUCGCAUUCAACGCUUCUCGAUCGAAGCGGACGUCGCGGCCGCCGCGCUGCAGCUGCUUGAAAACAACGUGGAGGCCGCCGCACGCGUCCUUCAAGACUCGCGACUGCAGACGUCGGCCAAGAUUGCUGUCGACCCAAUCGAUGCGAGCAAGAUCUGAGUGCCACUCUUUCAUACUAGUACGCACAGGAGCAAGCGACCGAGUGUGUACCCGUCUUUGCACAAGACACUGCAAAGACUGGACACUUGAAGGGUACUUUAAAUGCACGCCAGGGUGG